AUGAAAAAAUGGAUUAUAUCUCUAAAUUUAUUAUUUUAUAUUACAUUCCUAAAUCAAUGGAAUUUUGCAGAAUCUCAUCCAACUUCGUCAAGUAGAGCUGGCCAAUCUGCGGGCACUAGUCGUGCUAGAGGUCAAACCUCUACACAUAAAUCAAGUUCAACAACACCUGAAAUAGGUACUGGUACUAAGGUAAAACCUUCAUCUCACCCAGCAAGUAGUGGCUCUAGAAGUACUCCUACUACUACAACAAGUGGUUGUACUCAACCAUCUAGAGCAGGUUCUACAAUUCCUGCCAAAACUCAACCAGCAAAACCUACAUCUACUCCUACUAGUGGAAGUACUACUCCAACUAGUCAAUCGAGUAGUGGCACUGGAAAAAGUCAACAAAGGCAAUCAAUAACAUCCACUAAUCCUGGUAAUGAGGGAACACUAGUGACCCUUGACAUCAGUAAGUCUAAGGAUACCAAUCAACUAGAUUACAAGAAGGAUGGUAAUUUUAGAACAUACACUCCUAAGCCAAAUCAUCUAUUCACCAAGAUAGUAAAGAAAGACCUUGAUCUAUGGACUGCCAAACCUGAAGAUCAUGGACUCAAGGCAGUACUGAUGGGUUCCAAGAAAGAACCCAAAUUCCUAGCCCUUCUGCUACAAAGUGGUAACUUCUUACUACUAUAUAAGUCUGGUAAGAAUAGGCCUUGGCAAGAUAUCACUACCUCCAGACAUGAUGUUAAUAAACUUAAGUUCCUUGGUGAGAAUGACACUGUGCUUACGUCCUCUGACUACAAGGUUGAUUUAGUAGAUCUAUUAUUUACUUACACAUUCAAUUCUGGAGUUAACUGUAAUAAGAUCACAUACGAUGAUACUCCAGUCUGGACUCACACUGACGAUAAAAGCUUUCAAUCCUUAAAGUCAAUUGCUUUAGAUCUUCCAUCAAACCAAUUUAGUGUCACAAAUACUUCUGAUAAUAAAAAAGAACUAACUACCAAAGUUGCCCUUGAUAUCAACAAAACUGAGAGUACUAAUGAGUUUGAUUAUACUGAUAAGAAUGGAGUUGUUACAUAUACUACUAAGGAUAACCAUGUAUUCGAUAAGGUAUUCAAGAAACGGAUCAUUCGGAAUCUUGUUAUCUGGGAAUCCAAGGAUAAUCUCUAUGCUAGGUUAGCUAGCAUUAGGUUUACCAAGGGUAUUAACACUUUGGAUUCCAAGAGUGGUAUACUAGCCUUACUCCUGACUAAUAAUACAUUCACACUAUUUCAUCACUUCGCUGGUACUUGGAAGGAUAUCACUUCUGAUAGACAUGAUAUUACUAAUCUUAAGUUCCUUGGUGAGAAUGAUGUUGAGCUCAAAUCUUCUGAUUACUCAGUAACCAUUGUGUUUCUAUCAUAUACCUACUUAUUCAAUGAUGGUGUCAAGUGUAAGAAGAUCAUAUAUGAUAAUAACAUGCUAUGGUCACACACUGACAACUCCAACUUCUCAGAAAUAAAGUCAUUUUCAUUAGGACUUGUUUCAAACAAUUUCUAUGUCAUCAAUAACGAAAAUGAAUCAAAAAAACUAGAAUUCAAACCAACUCCUAUAACUGCAGCUGUAACAACACUAGAGUCUGUUACCAAACCAGCAGUACCAACCAAGGUCACCCUGGAUAUAAAUGCUAAUCACUCCACCACUGAGUUCUCUUACUCUAAAGAUCCAGCUGGUGUCGUAACAUUCAUUCCUAAUGAUGGACAUGUGUUCAGUAAGGUAUCUCAAGGUACCAAGGUUGUUUGGCAAUCUAAGGAUGAUGUCUAUGGUACAUUGGUAAGGAUUAAGGUUUCCAAGAAUUUUAAAUACCUCGUUGUUCUACUUAAUAAUAAUAUGUUCACAUUAUUCAAACUGGACGGUAACAACUGGACCAAUAUAACAUCUAAUAGACAUGAUGUUUCUAAACUGAAGUUCUUUGGUGAUAAUGAUAAUGAACUCAAAUCUACUGAUUACUCAGUAACCAUUGUGUUUCUAUCUUAUGAAAUCACUUUCAAUGAUGGUGUCAAGUGUAAGAAGAUCACAUACUCCAAUAAUUUACUCUGGAGACCUACUGAUGAUCCUAAGUUUGGUGAAAUCAAGUCACUUUCACUAGGUCUUUCUAAAGACAAAUUCUUUGUCAAGAACCAGUUUGAUGGACUCAAGAAGAUAGAAAAGGAUUUUAAACAUAUAACUACUCCUGCAUCACAAAGUAGGUCAGGAAAACCUGCUAAUACUCCUCCUAGUGGAGCAACUGAACCACAUAAAUCAAGUUCAACAACACCUGAAAUAGGUACUGGUACUAAGGUAAAACCUUCAUCUCACCCAGCCAGAAGUGGCUCUAAAAGUACUCCUACUACUCAACAAAAAGGUGAUGGCACUCAACCAUCUAGAACAAGUUGA